CAUUCUGAUUCCCGUUCCCCUUGGCUAGGCUGGGUAGCUAGUGGUAGCCUCCUACGUGACGAGGUCUUCGGUUCGCCCAGCAAACUCCACUUCUCGUCAUUUCUCCUCUUCCUUGAGCAGUUUGGGUCAGAGCACUGACGAUCACUGGCAGCGGAUCUUCUCUCUAGUUCUCCUAAGCAAUUUAUGGCUAGGAUGCUUGCUAACAAGCUCUAUGGUCCGCAUAUGCCAGAGUGGGCCUGGAGAAUUGGGCUCGGAAGAGUUAAUUCUGGAACGACGUUCUUGUCGCCGCUUUUGCCUACUCGAGAGAGCGUGCUCCAGUCGCGAGUUCACUCGGGAGUCAGAGAAGGCGUCGCUAGAAGCAACAGCAGACGCAUUAGCAGUAGCAGCAGCACUAGCAGCAGCAGUGGCAGCCGUAGUGACGCCAUCCGAAGCGGUUUCAGCUCUAUGGUUGCUAGUAAGACGGAUACUAAUUCGAUGCAGCAGCACAGAUCAACGUCUCACGUAGCGCUAGAGCGUAGUAGCAACGCGUUAGUAGGUAGUUCCCGGCUCGGUCGCAGCAUAGCAACGACGUCCAUAGUUCCCGACGCUCCGCCAAUCACGGACGGACAGCUGGAGCAGCUGCACGAUUUCGUGGCCGGCAGCAGGCGACUCCUGGUGCUGACUGGCGCUGGGAUAAGCACGGAGAGCGGCAUACCCGAUUACAGGAGCCCAGGCGGAGCAUACAGUAAGGGGUACAAGCCAAUGAUCCACCAGGACUUCGUUCGUUCCUUGGCUGCCCGGAGGCGCUACUGGGCUCGCAGCUUCAUUGGCUGGCGGAGAUUUUCAGAUGCCCGGCCGGGCAUGGCGCACAGAGCACUGGCGCGGCUGCAUGAGAGGGGGCGAGUGGAGGGCGGCAUCAUCACCCAGAACGUUGACAGACUCCACCACAUUGCAGGCAGCCCGGCUCUUGAGCUCCAUGGCACCACUCACGAGGUGGUCUGUCUGCAGUGUGGGGGCAUCUCGUGCCGGCGACAGUUCCAAGAAGAGAUUAGAGAGGCCAACCCAGAGUGGGCGGCAGCAGUGGCGCACUUGGAAGAGGGUAAACCAGCCGGGUCGGACGAAUCGUUUGGCAUGAGGAGGCGGCGGCGGCAGAGGAAUGGUGACCCAAGGAACGCCGCCUCUGGACCCGUGGAGCCGAGCAGUGCCGGUUCUGAGGUGUCUGAAAAGGAGCUGAUGGGAAUGCGGAGGCGCCCGGAUGGGGAUAUAGAGAUCAGCGAGGAGGAGUGGGAGAGGCAUGGGGAGUUCCGUGUGCCGAGCUGCGGCACGUGUGGCGGUGUGCUGAAACCCAAUGUUGUUCUUUUCGGCGACAACCUUCCGCCUGCCCGCAAUCAAGAAGCUGCCCGGAUGAUGUCAUCUGCAGACUCCCUAUUGGUUGUUGGCUCGUCUCUGAUGGUGCUCUCAGCUUUCAGGAUUGCAAGCCAGUGCGUGGAUCAAGGGAAGCCGCUAGCAGUGCUGGCUGUGGGCCCCACUCGUGCUGAUGCUAUAGCUGGGAUCAAGAUAGAGGCGAGAUGUGGGGAGGUGCUAUCGCGCCUUGUAGCGUCUGGGUCGCUUGAUGUUCCUGCUGGGAUCUGAGCUGGUUAGUUUUGAGGCGCCUCAAAACUGGGUCGCUUGACAUUCCUGCUGGUUUCUGAGUUGGAGUGUGCCCCAGCAAGGGGCCUUGCUUGCUCUCACUGGGGGCGUGUCUGGAGGUGGCUAAACACUGGAUGGUUUAGCUGGGGGGUAGUGUUUCUUCAGAUGGUUCAACUGUAAAUAUGGACGCACCUUGUUGUGCCUCAGAAGUUCACUCACUGAAAAUGUUCUCGAGUUUAAUGCCAUACUGAC